AUGCACCACUCUCAGAGCCUCCUAUGCCUGCUGACUGCCUGCUGGCAGUCUGCCAGAGUAUUGGCAUUGCCGGCGCCGCAGAUUGGAUCGUAUGGUGAAACCACAGGUGCGGUCGGCGGUGUCACACCCCCCAUCCCGACCGCCACGGCGCCCAGCGGCUCCCUCCGCGGAGACUCCAGCCUGUUGGGAGGCAACGCGCCGUUGCCCGACCCUGACAAGUCCGACUCGGCGGUCGUGUCCAAUCCGCAGCUUGUCACCGGCCAAGAGGCCGACGCCAAGCUCGGUCUCUACCUGGACUUUGACAGUGCUAAUCCCCCUCAGCCGAUCCGCGGUGCCAACGGGAACACGGAUCCCGGACCCCGCACCUUUGAGUAUGAGAAGCUCAAUCCGGACCUCUUCGCCCCGCCGGGAACGGACACGGGCGACAUGCCCAACCUCAUGUGGCCCAUGGGCCUGUCGCACAACCGGCCCGGCACUGGCAAGAACUCGGGCUGGGCGAGACAGCAGAACACGGAAGUGCUGCCCGCAGCCAAGGCCAUGGCAGGCGUUGACAUGCGUCUGGCUCCCAACGCGUACCGGGAACUACACUGGCACACCGCGGGCGAGUGGGCCUUGAUGUUGAAGGGCUGCGUGCGUGUUGCUGCCAUUGACGACGAAGGAAGAAGCUUCGUUGACGAUGUCUGCGCCGGCGACGUCUGGUUCUUCCCCGCCGGCAUCCCGCACAGCAUCCAGGCUUUCGACGAGGGCGCCGAGUUCCUGCUCGUGUUCGACAACGGCGACUUCUCCGAAGACGGCACCUUCCUGGUGACCGAGCUGUUUCUGCGCAACCCCGUUGAAGUGCUCAGCAAGGACUUCCGAGCCCCCGUCGACGCCUUCAACAACCUGCCGAAAGACCAGCUCUACAUCUUCAACGGGACGCCCGCGCCCAAGGACAUCUCGGAGCAGAACACCACGUCGUCGGCGGGCGCCAUAACCGGGAACGGCUCGCUGACCUACCACUGGUCUCAGCAGAGACCCUACACCGUGCCGGGGGGCUCCGUGAAGAUUCUGGAUCCGCUCACCUUCCCGGCCGCCAAGAUGUUUUCGGCCGCCCUGGUUGUCGUGCAGCCCGGGGCUCUCCGGGAGAUCCACUGGCACACGACCUCGGACGAGUGGAACUUCUUCCUGCAGGGGUCCGGACGCAUUACCGUGUACGGAGCGCCCGCCUCGUCCCGCACAUACGACUUCACCGCCGGCGACGUGGGCUACGUGCCCGUGGCCUGCGGUCACUACAUUGAAAACACGGGCACCGAGGACCUGAUCUUCCUCGAAGUCCUCCAGGCACCGAAAUUCACCGACAUCAGCGUCGCCCAGUGGCUCGCCCUGACGCCCAAACAGGUCGUGAAGGACCACCUUAACCUCCCCGACUCUGUCGUCGACGCGCUGCCCAAGGAAAAGCCCCUCAUCUUGCCUGGAAACACGAACUCUACGGCGCUGGCCGGGAACGGCACAGCGUUCUGA